AUGGCAACUUUGUUGAUCCUGGCACUCCUCCUCCACCAUACACAGCAAAAAGUCCUGACGACUGGACUCCGUAUCGCAACUGACUGGAAUUCGAGUGCGCAGGAUUUCAUGUACACUGAAAACCAGAUGUCCGCUGGUGAUAUCAACAAGAUUCUCCACCUGUGGGGAAUCACUCUCGCUGUUCAUCGCGACGAUCCACCAUUUGCCGACUACAAGGACCUGUACAAUACUAUCGAUGCAACACCGCUAGAUGAUGUCACAUGGGAAAGCUUCUCCCUGAAGUACAAUGGCGAUAAACCUGCUGGAGAGUGUCCGCUUUGGAUGGAACAGUCACACGAGAAUUCAAAGGUGGAAUUGAUUAUACGCCCUACCCGCAAAUUUCAGGAGAAGGAUGAGCAGCGCCGCUAUAAGGAUUUCAUGUCAGGAGACUGGGCCUGGCAGCAAGCAGUACAGGACGAAAUCGCACAGGACCCACAAACGCAUGGUGCGGCUUUCGUUCCCAUCAUUGUAGGCAGUGACAAGACGACAGUGUCUGUCGCUACUGGUCAAAACAACUACUACCCUCUAUAUCUCUCGAUCGGGAACGUUCACAACAACGUCCGGCAGGCGAAUCGCAACGCAUUGGCUCUGGUUGGAUUUUUGGCGAUCCCUAAGAAUGAUAUUAGAUACCGCAAAUUCAAGAAGCAGCUGUUUCACUCCUUGUUGUCGAGGAUCUUUGCCAACCUCAAACCUGGAAUGACGACUCCAGAAGUCACAUGUUGUGGCGACGGACACUACCGGUGCGUUAUAUAUGGCCUUGGACCCUACAUUGCAGACUACGAAGAGCAGGUAGUAUUGGCAUGCAUGGUCAAAGAUUGGUGUGGAAGAUGCCUUGCAUUUCCUUCAAGUCUUGAUGAAGGAGGUGUUUCUCGGUCACGCGAACAUACAGAUGUGCUUGUGGAUUCUGUAGAUUUUGGUAUACUUUGGGACGAGUAUGGUAUCAUUUGCAAGUUAGUGCUCAUCAAAGGUACAUUCAAGGACCACCUUGUUGAAUGGGUGGGUCAGUAUCUCGAACUCACGCAUGGCAAAACACGCGCUAAGGCAAUUGUAGAUGAUAUUGACCGAAGAAUUGCUUCUGCGCCACCCUUCCCUGGCUUACGAUGCUUUCCACAAGGGCAUGGAUUCUCGCAAUGGACCGGCCACAACUCCAAAGCUUUGAUGAAGGUCUAUCUACCAGCAAUUGAGGGCCACGUACCAGAUGAUAUGGUUUGGGCAUUUCGAGCCUUGCUAGAGUUCUGUUACAUCGUGCAUGUGAACAUAGUGACAGACGACACUCUCGCAGCGCUGAAAGAUGCCCUUGGGCGUGUUCAUACUUACCAGACUAUUUUCCAGACUACCGGUGUCCGCAUUGACAUUUCCCUACCCCAACAACACUCUCUUCUUUACUAUGAGCUUCUCAUCCGAAUGUUUGGUGCUGCAAACGGCCUGUGCUCGUCAAUAAUGGAAUCAAAACAUAUCAAGGCGGUAAAGCAACCAUGGCGAUGUUCAAACAAGUACAAUGCACUCAGCCAGAUGCUCCUUACGAAUCAGCGCUUGGACAAAGUCGCAGCAGCAAGAGCUGAUUUCACAACGCGCGGCAUGCUCAAAGGGUCUUGUGCCGUCAGCUACAACAAUUCAUUUGGUACGUGUUGA